AAACAGGGGGGUUUGGAGGUGCAUGGAAUCACUUUUGUGUCCUUGUUUGGAGGACGGGUUUAUUUACCAGCCCGUCCUCCAAAUUUGUAUUUGUAGUAGGUGUCCAGACGUCCGCCCGACGUCAAGGGUGAACCAGGAGUCUCUGAUCGUAACAUAACUGAAAAGAACUCUGAUCAGAGUUCUCAACUUGCGGCCAACUUGCUUCAUUGGGCGGCCACACGGGCGAGGGUAAACAUCAGGGUUGAGACUGAGACGGCUGACAAGCAGCAGGUGGUGCUCAGGUGACGAGCAGCAGCUGCUGGUACUCAGAAAGAAACAUAAGUGGAAUUAACAAGAAAAGGCAGAUAGAAUGGGAAAUUCCAGUGUGAAAGAAGCUACUGAGAAAGCCGAAGGUGAUCGUAGUCUAGAUCUUUCUUGCAAAUUCACUCCGAGUCAAUAUCUCAAGCACACAUCUGGAGAAUUUAUUGAAGGGUGCCUGUCUGCUCUGCCAUGGGAGAUAUAUUACAACGCUGUCUCCAUGUAUGAGAUAGUAAAUGCAAGUUUUAAUUUCAUAAAUGAAAUUCCAGAGGAGCUAAGUCUUCACGUACCUCAUCUCCGGUGUCUGAAUAUUAGUCACAACCAGAUCACCAACCUUCCUAGCUCCUUCAAUCUUCUGCUGCAUCUCCGAGUGCUGGACCUAUCACAUAACAAGUUGAGGGUAUUACCUGACCCUAUUACCCGCUUACCACAGCUUCAUACCCUCAAUGUGGCCAAUAACUGUCUUGGUGAACUUCCAGCAACUGUGUCAAAGCUCCAGAAUCUGAAGAAACUUAAUGUGAGCAACAAUCGUCUGCGAGCCCUUCCUUGCAGCUUGGUUGAGUGCCCAAAGCUGUGUGUUUUAGUCACUCAAGGAAAUGACCUCAUCCACCCACCUCAAGCUAUUUGUGAUAUUGGAUCACAAGUCACACUACAGUUUUUAAGAGAGAGACACCUACCUGCUGUGCAGCCAGGUUCCACAGUAAAGAGAAAUGUGUUUGCUCGAGUAAGAGGACAACAAGUGUUGGCUAGUGUAUCAAACCCAGAAUCUGCUAGCAUGGAAUACCGUCAAGCCCAGGGAACUUCUCGGACGAGCAAGCGCAAGUGCCCUCUGAUGCUACCAGUUUCUGCCACUACCCUUAAGCCUGAUCAGCUCAAAGACAUGCUUCUUGGGUUGUUAUAUGGUAUGGCAAUUGGUGAUGCUAUGGCACUGAGCACUGAGGGCCUGAGUGUUGAUGAGUGCCUCUUCUUUUAUGACCCGGAAAAUCUCUCCUUGGAUGAUCGAAUUUCUGAUUAUCUUCGAUCACACUUUCCUCCACAUGACUGGUCAUCCAAUACUGAUAUUAUGUUAUUAACCCUGGAUUCAAUGAUGAGGUGGGGAGGAGUUGUGGAUGAAUUGGAGCUGGCCUCUCAGCUUGACCAGUGGAGAAUUCAUGGUUAUGCUGACCUUGACCCCUCACCUGGUCACCUGCUCUCUUCAUUCAUGGAAAAGGUGAUAACUACGGAAGGCUACUCUGCUAACCCUCAUGCUGUUGCACAAGGUGUCUACAAGCAGGCAAAAGAAGAAAUGUCACGAGGAGUAUUUACUGGGAAUCCAAGUGACAACUCGUGUCUUCCUUCUGCUCUUGUUUUAGGGGUACCAAAUUUCUAUAUGGAUCAUGAAGUUCAAAUGAAUGCAGAAAGAAUUUGCAAAGCAACACAUGCUGACCCAGUAGCACAAGCAGUAUGCAUUUUUUUGGCUCUUCUGGUAGCUGCUAUACUUCAGGGUAGAGCUGCUGGUGAUGCUGCUGCUUUCAUCUGCCAUAUUAAUGACCUGAAGGAGAAAAUAGAAGUGCUUUUCUCUGACAUUAAAGACAAGAAGAGAUUUAAUUCAGCAUUUCUGGUUAAAGAUGCAGCAUCUUUUUAUGGAAGUGAUGUUUUGACUUCUGUAAGUUUAUUGAUGUGUGCCUUGACAAAGGAAAAUUAUAAAUUCAAAGAACACAUUAGCAGAAUUGUAAUGAGAGGUGGCAAUGGAGUGUGUGUUCAUGCAAGUGUUGUUGGGGGGGUUCUAGGUGCUGUGCUUGGCUAUUCUCAACUCCCACAAGAUUGGUUAUCUCAGCUUCCUCCAGAAAACAUUGCACUGAUGAAUAUCAAAUUAAAUUUAUUACUAGAUCUCUUUGGGUUGCCAUAAAUGUGCGAGUGCAUUUUUUAUUACAUGUGAUAGACCAGUGUUAGUUGCAGAAAGGUGUGUGUGUGUGUGUGUGUUUUUUCAGUUGUUCCUCUCAUCAAAAUCACAAAAAAAUAAGUCUUCCUGCCAUUUUCAUUAACUUUAUUGAUAGGUAUAUGAUGCCUCAUAUUUGAAGUUUUAGAAUAGGGUUGAGUAAAUUCGAUGUAUGUCAUAGUUUGAGUGAAACAUUUCCUAAUCCAGAAUAUUCAUUUUGAUGGGUCUAUUUUUGUAAAUAUUGUACCUUAAGAUAAAAUAUUGUUAUUAAUAUAGGUUAUGCUUACCAACAUAUACAGUGUGAAUUGCCUUAAUAAAGUGAAUUGAUUAUU